AUGAUGACCAUCAUCAAAAUCGUCUUUCUCCUUGCACUCUGCCCUUUUCAAGGUAACCAGAGCAGUUUCCCAUCCAGCUAUUGCCACUUUCUUCAGCUCCUGCACAAAACGCGACAGCACCACUGACAAACUCAACAGUUGAGCCAGAUUAUGUGAAAGUCAUCAACAACUUUCGUUCCUACGUGGCCAGAGGCAAUCUGACGAAGGACAUCAGAAAUUACACGAAUCUAUAUCUGCAGAAGCUGAACAACUACAAUUUUUCGAUGGCGCCUGCCUCAAUGCCGACGGUGCAAGGCGCUGGAACGAAUGGUGAGUCAGAGUGUUGAAAAAGCAUUAUUCAUAUUCGGUUAUUUUCAGUGACCACUUUCAAUGCCGCUCGUCAAAAAGAGAUCAUCCGCAGAAGAAUAAGUCGACGGCUGAGUGAGUACAUUAAAAAUCCGCGGGCUUUUCCUGGAACACACACUUUUUACAGAUUACACGGUCGGUCCAGUGGCCAAUAUGAAGAAGCUGACGUGGAACGGAACUCUCGAGAAAAUGGCGAAGGAUGGCGGUUGUCAAGAGAUUCUCGGAGGAACGAACAAGAACUACGAGUGGCGCGUCAAUGUGACAGAAGAGGGCACGAAUAAUGUCACUCUCCAAAACUACACUGAAAGCCAUCGAAUUGUUUCUCUGCAGUUCAAUUCGACCGGUUCGAAUGGGAAAGCACUCAAUGUGUCGGAAGCGGCGAGUUUGUGCUGCCUUUCCACUCGUGACUGUUUUGUUUUCAGCUUGAAAAGUAUGUCGAAGUGAAUGCGCGGAAAUUGGAACAAGUCGAGCCACCGACUACUAGUGCAUUCCACACCAACUACAUCAUCGGCGAGUUGUUUUGGGCGGACCGUGACGAGAUCGGAUGCGCAAUGGUGCAAGGAUGUCCGAAUGUUCGGACGGGCAUGGAGACUCUUCCAACUCCGAUUGACAUGCUCGUUUGUCACAUUUCACCGGGACCGCCACUCUCACUCUCAUCGGCGGCGUUCGAGAGCGGCACUGUUGGCUCGAACUGUCCGGACAACUAUGUGAAGCAAAAUGAAACCGACUUGUGUAUCAUCAAUCCGAAACUCAGCGAGACUCAGAAGUCAUAUGUGCUGCAGGGAAAUCGCGACGGACGGCCGAUCCAGCUGUUGGAGCCCGAGGAGCCGGACGGAGCGAGUCUGGCGAUGGGGCCUAUGCUCAUUGCUCUUUUGUUCACGCUUCUUUAUUGA